CUGGGAAGGAGGUGAUGGCAUAAAGGGAAAGCAAGAGGGAAAUACAGACUCUUAAGAGGCUUUGAGACAAACUUAAGGAAGGAGGAUAAACUGUGUGAAAGGAAGAUGAACAUGCAGAUGCUUGUUGUUUGAUGCGGCUUCACUGAAGGCAUGUGGCUGCCUGCACACAAUGUUUCUCUCCACACUCUCCAGCUGACUGGUGGAAGAUCUGCAUUCAUGUGGCUGAGUGCUACGUGAUUUAUCCACCCAAAACAACGUGAGAAUACUUUCUUUGCUCCACUCUACGCGGACGUAUCCAUUCUACUGUACUUUAUGCUGGCUGACGCACUGAGUUCUGGAGCUGGGGAGAUCGGAUCUAAAUCAGUUUGAACAACGUGAAGUCCUGAGGCAGCAGAUGUGGGGUUCAGGAAGUGUAAACCGACCGGCGCCGGUCACUGCCUUCCUCAGGAGCCCACCUGUCCUCCCGCCGCCUCUGGACAUGAAGCCUUUCCUCCAGUUUCCCCUGGAGUCGCCUCAUCCGGCCGGCAUCGGCCUCUUCCACAACUUUAACGCUAUGGACCCGGUCCAGAAAGCCGUGAUGACGCACACCUUCGGGCCGCCUAUUGUGAAAACAAAGAGGCCGAUAAUCUCCUGCAACGUUUGUCAAAUACGCUUCAACUCAGAGAGUCAAGCAGAGGCGCACUAUAAAGGGAACCGCCAUGCUCGAAGGGUGAAGGGCAUUGAGACGUCUAAGACAUCACGUCUCCAAGAUGGAGACAAACAGCAACCUCAGCCUCCAUCCUCGCCCUCCCCACCCGGCCUCACGCCGUCCAGCCCGAUAUCUGAGCCUAAUCUCAACAAGCGGGACGAUCCUCAGUCCUGCCCCAGCCUGAAAGAUUCACCCUUGACCCCUAACCACCUCCCAACAACUCAGAUGAACUCAGCAGACGCAGAGUCGUCUGUCGGCACACCUCUGCCAUCCUCUCCCUCCUCCUCGGCAGCCCUCAGCAGCUCCUCUGGGGACCAGGCAGCGGCCGCUCUACCUGACACCCCCUCCCCGGCACCAAGCCCGUCGUCAGGCGAGUCAGAGGAAGAAAAAGCCAAAAAGCUGCUCUACUGCUCUCUCUGCAAAGUAGCCGUUAAUUCCCUUUCACAGCUGGAGGCGCAUAACAAAGGAACCAAACACAAAACUAUCCUGGAGGCUCGAAGUGGACUGGGACCCAUCAAAGCAUACCCUCGCCUGGGUCCCAAACCCAGCCCUGAGCAGGGAGGCGAGCUCUCCUCUGAUCCAAACACUCAGGAACGCACCUUCCACUGUGAGAUAUGCAACGUCAGAGUCAACUCUGAGCUGCAGCUGAAACAGCAUAUAUCAAGCAGAAGGCAUCGGGACGGAGUUGCGGGUAAACCUAAUCCUCUUCUCAGUCGGCACAAGAAGCGCACAGACUUUAUGGAACUUUCAAAAACUCUAGGGCAUGGACUUUUACCCAGUCCUCUGGCUGUCGCCGCAGCGAUGGCGGCAGCAGCGUCGUCAAACCAACUGGCCCUGCGGCCUCCUGGGCCGACCUCCCACCCUCACCCACACCUGCUACAGGGAACGCCCCUCAGCCUGCUGAGGCCAGCGCCGGGCCCCAUCCGCACCACACAUGGGCCCAUCCUCUUCGCUCCGUACUAACGGUGAAGGAAUGGGGAAGAAUCAGGAAGAAGCACACUGUGAACUGGAGGCAACCAUGUGCCAUUGAGAGCCAAACUGGCUGGUCUGGCUGCACUUUUUAUUUUAUUUAUCGAAGAUAUAAAUAUUACUCCUCAUUGUGUUGAGAUGUUUCUAUCCUCUCGAGUUUUCCUUCAUCACCUGAGUAUCAGCUGGUGAUCAAAAUCUAGGAGCUGAUCGUUUGAAGAGGACGUCUUUGAGUCUGCAGCUAGAUGUCUUCAACUCUUACACAAUUGUCCAAAUGCAUUCAUUCUUCUUGAAGUUUUUUAACCGUUUCACUGGGAUUUUAUGUGACAGACCAACACAACGUUCACAAAUUAACACAAAAUAGAAAUCUGAAAACAGUAGUGUUCUUUUGUUUUCAGCCCCUCAAAGUAGAAAUUUCCAGAACCGCAUUAUGUCGCCGUUUUUCUAUCAACUUUUUAAAUAAAGAAAUUCAAAUUUUUGCUCAUUCUUAUAGAGUCCAAUCUCAGUCAGACUGUACGCGUCUCACUGCAGAAAAUAAAUUUGAAACUAAAGAAACAAAAACUAAAUCUGAGUCAGUUAACGCUCUCUAAGAACCUAUUAAGGCAAUUGGUCGCUCUUAACUUUCCUUAGGAGUAUCGGGUUAAAGUGACUCAAAACAAACGCACCAUUUUUUUAUUAUUUUUUUUGUAGAAAUCUUUUGCAUAAACAAGUUUAAAAACUUGAAUAAUCUGAAUAACCACUUUGUGUUGGUCUACCACUUAUAAACCCAAGAAAAAAAUAACACAUAAUGUUCAAAGAAGUUCAAGAGGUAUUAAUAUUUUCGAGGCACUAAGAUCCCAUGUGGCGGACGUCAAACCCUACCUCUCUUUUGUUUAUUAUGUUCACCUCUCUGCAUUACAGUUUUACAGCAAUUAAAUAAUAAAAACACAGAAUUAGAUGUAGUUCAUGCGUCUGGAGUUAGCUGGACUCACGCCAUAGCUGUCAUCGUAGAUUGGAUUAUACCACUGUAACGUUCUGCUCUUGUGGCUCAUACAAUUAGCAGAUGACUCUGUGGUUUCUGUCUGGUCACCUGUUAAUGGCUGACCUGUAUUUGCCUCUGUGGGACACAAAAAAGAAGCAAAGGGGAAAUAGCAAAUGGUAGGACUUUAUAUUGCAUCUUAAAGCUGAACUGAUAUACAUAGGAACUUGUAAAGAAGAAACUGCUGUUGCACUAUGCAGAUGUCAGUAUUUGUUUUUGUGUUAUGUGUACAAUGCAGUAAGGCUGGAGAAAUUGCUAAAAGAAAAUCAUUUUCUUUUUUCUUUUCAUUUUUUUUUUACACUCAAUGAAGACGUUGUACUACCAGUGAUCUCUUCCUCCAACCAUUCUGUCAGAAAUCUUGCUGAACGCACAGGAGCGCAUUUUUGGUGUCGUUUUCUCAUUCAGUCCAUACAGAAGCUCUCGGCGUCUUCUUGAAAUAAGUUUCACAUUGUGAGCGCAGCAGGACGACAACUCAUUCAUGACUUCAAUCGCGGGGCUUUCUAAUGAGGGCACACAAAACAGAACCACCUUUCACCAGAAACGGCAGUGGAGGACACAGGAACCAGCAGGAGGAAAGACACCAGCAGCUGAGGACACAUCCAGGACCACAAACACUGAUGAGAAGAUGUAUGCAAAGACAACUAAAGAAACCAAAAAACGGUCACAUUUUUGGAUCGUAUUGGACCUGGGUAGCAGUAUUUUUUUCUGUGUACUUUGAUCACCAAAAGUAACUAUGAAAAGCUCUCAGUAAGACAUUAGGAAUCACUGGAAGAAAAGUUUAGGAAACGGGAAACGUAGCAAUACCGUAAGCACUUCUGUUACUUUUUUCUUGUCAACUGCAAUAAAAAAGAUGUAGAGAAAUGUAAUAAAUGUUCCUUAGGAGAAGUGUAUUGAACCUUUACUGUAAAUGUAGAAUAUUAAAAAAAAACAAAACAAAAAACAAAAAACGAUGAACUGUUCAUGUUGGGGCUUCCUUAUUGUUAGAUUUAAACUAUGAAAUCAUUAAACUGAGUUUAUGGUUGAAA